AUGGAAGUCUUAAUUACUCGUAAUGAAUUCUUCAAACAAAGGCCAGCCGCCACUGGUAGACUUGGUGCUUCUGGAUUACAAAAGUGCACAACAGCUAUACGAUUGUUAGCAUACGGCACAUCAGCUGAUUCAGUGGACGAUUAUCUACGAAUCAGUGCAUCUCUUGCAAGAGAUUCAUUGCAACAUUUUGUUGAAGGGGUUGUCUCUCACUUUGGUGAUGAAUAUGUGAGACGACCUACUGAAACAGAUUUAAAUAGAUUAUUAUUUGCAGCUGAACAAUGGGGAUUUCCAGGCAUGAUGGGUUGUAUUGAUUGCAUGCACUGGCGGUGGAAAAAUUGCCCGACUCAAUUUAAAGGAAUGUAUUCUGGAAGACCUGGUAAACCGACAUUGAUUCUAGAAGCCAUUGCCUCAUCAUAUAAUUUGUGGAUCUGGCAUGCUUUCUUCGGAACACCAGGUAGGUGUAAUGAUAUUAAUGUUCUUGAUAGAUCUCCAUUGUUUAACGAUGUUUUUGAAGGUCGUGCACAGUUAACUUUGUUGUAA